UAAAUUCUUUUGCACGCAUGUCUGGCUUGAAAAUGAAUAUUUCUAAAACACAGGUAAUUUGGAUUGGAAAUAAGAAAUUUUCUGAGGACACUUAUCUCCCAGAGCUAAACUUACAGUGGGGUAGACAGAGAUUUACACUUUUAGGUAUUGAGUUUCACGUUAAUUUGCAUGAGAUGCCGAAAAUGAAUUUUGAUAAAAAAUUGACAAAAUUGAAAACUUUAUUACAAAUUUGGAAAAGGAGAUCCUUAACACCUAUUGGACGAAUACAUAUUAUUAAAUCACUUCUGAUAUCACAACUUAACCAUCUAUUUAUCUCUCUACCUAAUCCAGAUGAAUCCUUUCUUAUGAAACUCAACACCAUUCUAUUUGAAUUUUUGUUCAAAAUUUUUUAAGUGGUGGCCUGAAAAUGAUUAAUUUGAAAGCAUAUGUAGAUUCUUUAAAAUUAUGUUGGAUACGAAGACUUUAUCAGACCACAGCCAAAUGGCAGGUCAUUCUUAAAAGCUUUAUAAACAUAGAUGUGCUAGCCAAUUGUGGUGAAGAUUAUGUACAGAUUUGUCAGAAAAAAAUGAAAAAUAAGUUCUGGAUUGAUGUUUUUAAAGCUUGGAAUAGGCUAAUAUUUAUGAAUGAAAAAUAUACUUUUAGAGAAGAUUCCAUUCUGAAAUCACCCAUUUGGUUUAACAGGAAUAUAACUAUUGGAAGGAAGUCAGUGUUUACUAAAUCUCUUUUUGAGAAAAAUGUUCUUACAGUUAAUGACUUAAUAAAAGAUCAUAGUUUGGGGGAUUUCUACACUUUUCAUGAGUUUCUUCAGACAUACAAUAUUACCCCAGGUACUACAAAUUUCCUUCAUUACCAUAGUAUCUUAUCAGCAGUAAAACAAUUUUUAUCCUCAGUUGAAAUUCCUAAAUCAAAGCUUCAAUAUCCUUUGGUACCUUUGAACAUAGAAGUAUUUUUGAGGAAAAGAAAAGGAUCCAGAGAUUUCUAUAACAUUUUAAUACAAAAUAAUAUUAUACCUACUGGGAAAGUUAAGUGGAAUAAAGAGUUUGAACUGAAUGAUGCAACUUGGGCUCAAAUAUACAAAACUCCUUUCGUUGUCACUAAAAAUACCAAACUACAAUGGAUCCAGUAUAGGAUUAACCACCACAUUUUAACAACAAACUCUUUCCUUUUCAAGGCACAUCUUGCCAUUACUCCUCGCUGUAUUUUAUGCAACGCAGAAACGGAAACAAUAAUACAUGCUUUGUGGGAAUGCCAAGAAGUACAAACCUUACUUGUUGGUUUCACAAUCUUACUUGAUGCUUUACUCAUUCCAUUUGCUUUUAAUAAACAAUCCUUUAUUUUUGGAUUGUUAUCUCCAAACUCUAUUUCCUACAAAGCUGACAACGAAAUACUUCUUCUUAUCAAACAAUAUAUAUACAGUAUGAGAUGCCUCCACAAGUCCCUCAAUAUCAAUAGUCUUAUCAGCACUAUAAAAGAUUACUAUAACUUGCAAAAAUAUAUUGCCUACAGUCAGGGUGAAAGGGUACGGGAAAAAUUCGAGAAAGAGUGGAAAAAAUGGGAAAAAAUAUCCAAUCUCUAGUUUUUCUUGUAUCAGUGUUUAUUGUAAUAUUAUGAAAUGAUUGUCACAGUUUCUGCCGAUAUAAUAUUUUUCAUAUACAUUAACUUAGAAGUUUUAUCCUGUAUCAUCCCAACAAUCUCUCUCUCUCUCUCUCUCUCUCUCUCUCUCUCUCUUUGAUAGGAUGUGUAAUGAUUAUAUGUGUAAUUUGUUUUGUUCAUGUGUUUGUCCUUGUGUGUGAGGAUAUGUUUUUGUAUCUGUGUGUGUGUUUGUUGUGAAGUGAGUCUGCUAUAUGUGUGCAAGAAUGGGUGUGAAUGUGUAGUAGAAGACGCAUGUUCAUGAGAAGGAUGAUGAUGAUGCAUAUGAUGAUAAUGAUGCAUGAUGAUAAUAUAUGAUGCAUGAUGAUAAUAUAU